AGCAGAAAUACGUCAAGCUGUCUGAGCUGACAUUCAAUGCUUUCUUGAAAGAAGUGUGUCUAAAAUUCAACAUACCAGAAAGCAGAAAGCCAGACAUUAAGGUGUAUGACCAGUCUGACACAGAAGUUGACUCAGAUGUUUUUGAAGAAUUAGUAAAGGAGUCACCUGGAACUUUCAGAAUCAUGCUGGGCAAUGGACUUGAUACCUCUCAUUCAUCAUCAUGCUCGGGUACAUCUGAUGACACCAUCAUUCUGAAUUUCACUGUGUGUGACGAUGUUGAAGAAGUAGCGGCUGGCGAAGGAAGCCAGCCUAAAAGGCCAUGCCACAUAAACUAUGAGGCAAAAGCACUGAUUGAAAAAAUCCUAACAUCAAAGCCUGGUGGUGAACGCAUUAUGCAAGAGUAUGGAAAAACCAAAUCUCUGACAGAUGCCACCAGAAGACAGAUGCUCAACAUACUUGCUGCUGAGAUGACAGAAACACAUGGGACAUCCCCCCCCAAAAGUGUCAGAGUGAUGUAUGCACAGGGGAUAGUAGCUUUGUUUCCCUAUCUAGAAGACCCAUACUCACAACAUGGAUAUGAUCAUUACUACGAUCCGGAGAGUGGUUCCGGAUACCUUGCAUGGCGAUUGAAGACCAUACAAAGAAAAACAGCAGAGGAAAGAGGUGCCUCAGUCAGCAAAUCUCCUAAAGUUGGUGGGCCAGGCCGUGAUCGUCAGCCCUUCACCUAUGACAGAGAGCCAUCUGAUGAGGAUGUGGAAGCAGCUAUUGCUGUUUUGAGACACUCUGCUGAUGAAAACACUGUCCGUGAGAAGAUGAAAAUGACCUUCAUAUAUCGGCAAGCAAUGGUCAACGAUGAAGCCAAAUCAUCAGAUGUCUUCUCGGUCUUCCCAAGAUUUCUGGACACACCAGGACUGAUAGAACAAGAUUUCAGACUUCUGUUUGGUGAGGCCACAGCCAACAAAUUCUUGGAGAAGUGGCCAACCACUUUCAAAGCAAAAGUAAUAAAGGAAAGCCAUGGACUUGUAUCCACCACAGAACUCUUGGAUUUGAUGCGCAAUGCUGAGUCAGCUGCUGAAGUUGAGAAUGGCUGGGACAGUGACAUGUCUGCCAUCUUGCUGCUGCUACAUUUGCUACCACCAUCUGCACAAGGUAGAAAGAGGCCGGGAAAGAUGUCUGCAUAUCAAGCUGUAGAUCAGCUCAUCAGAUUUCAAAAGGUUGGAACCAGUGUGCAGCAGCAUCUUGACAACAUCACCCAAAGCAGUCAGCCCUACCUUCUCGCCCAGGGAUCCACACAGAGCAGCAUUCACUCCUACUUCAUUGUGGUUGACAAGCAUGCUCUUCCAUGCAAGGCAACAGGUUCAGUAGGAGCUUUUGACGAAGUCUUUAAAGCCCAUUACGUAUUUGAAAACAUCUUAACAAGUGCCACGGAGAAAGUUUAG